AUGGUACAAACUUAUGGUCUAGUCCAUUGCCGUGGGGGGGGAAGGGGGUGUGUCUCUAUCCUACUACUGAUCACGCCCGGUCACGCGCGCACAAAUACUAAUCUUCCCUUGAAUCUCCCCAUCUCCUCAUACGCCGUCAACCUGAUCACUUCCACACCUCGCAAGCCAUGCGAAUGGGAUGGCAACCUGGUUCUACCAUCGCAGCGUGCCCAGCAGAGGCUUCGAGCGGAUGCGGGUGUGCAGCUUGUUGGAUUGGAUUCGGACCGCAUAGACGCGAUUUGUGCACAACACGUUUGGCUGCAGGAAAGUCUUGGAUUGCGCUACCUUGCUGGCGGCAUUGGGUUUGAUGAAACCGAUUACGGAAUCUUGACCGUUCAACCUGGAAGCAAAGGACAGCUGAUGGGAACUGUUGACCUUGGCCCUGGACUGACUGAAAGCAUUCUGGGACUGUCGGAUGUUUCAAAGGUUGACCAAGCCCUCAACGCAUUCGCGUUGAGCACACAGCUGUGCAUGGCGCAAAUGAACGACGCACGAGACUUUGAAUACACGUGGGGCGACCCACAUUUGAUGGUUCAAUUUACCCACUGGCUGACGGAAUGUGAAAGCAAUCUCGUCGCCCUCCCAGCGCAGCUAACUGUGUAUGCAGUCGAAGCGGAGAAACGAGGUGUUCGAACUUGGUGGUAUAAGCGUGACGAUCAGUGUGUUGCCGAUGCGAAGACCGGGUUUGGCAAGCAGGUCGCAGAUGUUCUUGAAGCGACAGGAUAUGCAAAGGAAGCUGAGUUUUGCAAUGUUCUUCGAGAAUUCUUUGAAGCACUUGAUCUGUCUGGUAUUCCGCAGGAUGAUCGAGAAGCAAGGGUUGAUCGUAUGAUUGAUUGGCUGGCCGACAAGGCAAUGAUUCGCUUCUUGGAAAGUGUUCCUUGCAACAAAACAUAUGCCAAAACCUCUUCCGAUCCUGAGAAAUGCACCCCACUCUUCAAUGAUCGCUGGCGACAAUCCAAUGAUGUGGAGAAUCACUUUUCAGCAUUCAAACAAAUCCUCCGAAAAGGCAUGCAACUUUAUUCAUCUGCAUAUCGGCAUAAUAUUGUGCCACUUACACUCUGCAACAAAGCCUCCCCAACCGAUGCUUUCCUUGCGCUGAAGAAGCUUCUCAUCGUCCACAAGGUACACGUCACGAUUUUUGGUGGCAGAUGCAAAAUGACUGAUCCUUGGCACCGCUUCCAGCACGAGAUGAGCGUACCUGGCCAGCUUGGAUACUCCCGACCCAUCGCACGCGGCCACUCUUACGAACAAAAGAGCUACUGCAACGACAUCACCAACUUGAGCGAGUGGUCAACCGGCCAGACACGUACUCAAGCCCAUAAAGUCACAACACUUGCGGGAAAAAGGGCCCGUGCCGACACGACCGCAACACCCAAGUAUCGCAACCACUGUACACUUGGCAACACCAAGCUCUACACCGACAACGACCCCACGUAA